CGAUGUUAUAGUCCACGGUUUAUAAACAAGAAUAUACGCGUUUUAAUUCACAGAGUUAAAAGUUGUGCUGCGGAUUCUUUUGUUUUUUCAUCUGUGAUGAAGGAAGGUCAUGUUGUUCAUAACCUGUAUGUGAAUGAGUGUAGUGAUAAUUUUUGCGUGUGAUUUAGUCAUGUAUACUCUGGUACAUGUUUCCGUAGAAUUAUAGAGGAUUCGAAGGUUAAUUAUGAGUUCCAAGAAAGUUUCUUACUUUUAUAACCCUGAUGUUGGGAACUUCCAUUAUGGCCCGGGACAUCCAAUGAAACCACAUAGAUUGGCAGUUAUCCAUAGUCUUGUUCUCAAUUAUGGUUUGUAUAAGAAAAUGCAGAUAUAUAGACCAUAUCGAGCAAGUGCUCAUGAUAUGUGCAGAUUCCACUCUGACGAAUAUAUCGAAUUUCUUCAGCGAGUGACUCCCCAGAAUUUGCAGGGCUUCACGAAGUACUUAAGUCAUUUCAACGUCGGUGAUGACUGUCCCGUGUUUGAAGGUUUGUUUGACUUCUGCUCAAUGUACACAGGAGCGUCUUUGGAAGGGGCCAUGAAACUGAACAAUAAUUGUUGCGAUAUAGCUAUAAAUUGGUCAGGUGGUUUACAUCAUGCGAAGAAGUUCGAAGCAUCAGGAUUCUGUUAUGUGAAUGACAUAGUGAUUGCAGUUCUAGAGUUGCUAAAGUACCAUGCUCGGGUGUUAUACAUCGAUAUAGACGUUCAUCAUGGGGAUGGCGUUCAGGAAGCAUUCUACCUCACCGAUCGAGUCAUGACAGUGUCGUUCCACAAAUAUGGAAACUACUUUUUCCCUGGGACAGGUGAUAUGUACGAAGUUGGUGCGGAAAGUGGACGCUACUAUUCUGUCAAUGUUCCCCUGAAGGAAGGCAUUGAUGAUGUGAGCUAUGUGCAAGUAUUCAAACCUGUAAUCUCCAGUGUGAUGGAAUUCUACCAACCAACAGCAAUUGUGCUGCAGUGUGGGGCAGAUUCACUUGCCAAUGACAGAUUAGGUUGCUUCAGUCUCAGCACAAAGGGACAUGGGGAGUGUGUGAAGUUUGUGCGUGACUUGAAUGUGCCUCUCCUGGCUGUGGGCGGCGGAGGGUACACUCUUCGUAACGUAGCCCGCUGCUGGACAUAUGAGACUUCUCUGUUGGUAGAUGAGGCUAUAAGCAAUGAACUUCCAUACACUGAAUAUUUGGAGUAUUUUGCCCCUGAUUUCACACUGCACCCAGAUGUUGUCUCACGCCAGGACAAUGCCAACAGCAAGCAGUACCUUGAGACUAUCACGAAACAUGUGUACGACAACCUCAAGAUGUGUCAGCACUCUCCCAGUGUUCAGAUGCACGAUGUUCCUGGCGAUGCAUUUCCCUCCCAAGAUGGUGGUGGCCACGAUGAGACAGACCCUGACGUUCGGGUGAGUCAGGCAGAUGAGGAUCGACGCGUUGAGCCAACCAAUGAGUUCUAUGAUGGAGAUAAGGACCAGGAUAAGGUUGGGGACGAGGCCUCUUGAAGCAUGUCAGCCGUGGUGAUUGGUACUGCAAGGAAUGUGUUGAUAUCUACGCAAGUGAAGUGUGAGCUGCCAAAGGCUGUCGGCAUCAAAUUUAAAAUUUGGCACCUUCCAACAAAAUACAAAUUCAGUUUUCAUGCAUUUUUAUGCUCUGUACAUUUAUGUAGAAUGCUCUGAUUAACGUACAGGAUGGAGUGUUUCCUCACAUCGCAGAAGAUGCAUUGGACAAUUAGCGUUAUCCUCGAUACUUCAACCAACGUAUCUCCUUUUGGUAAACAUGUAGCAAGAUAGACAAAAACACUUGAAAUGUGAAAUGGCAGCCUGGUUAUUUGAAGAGCCAUUUUUAACACAUGAUUUUAGUUAUUUAUUUUAACAAUAAUUUGCAAUAUAAACUUCAUUAAUAUCUGUGCUAGAAGAAAGUACCCACUACAGGCAUACUGAGCUAACUUUCAUUCCAACAUAAAAGAACACAACUAGCAUUGCUUAAUGUAAUCGCAAUGAUUUAAAGAUCAUACAGGAUACACCUCUGAAAUAACUUGAAUGCCUCUAUAACAGUAUUCUUUAUUUACAUGUUAAUUGCUAUGUUUGUAACCAUUCACAUGAUGUAAUAUUUAAAUGUGGCUGAAUGUUAAUGUACAUAUUGAAUAACAUUCAUUUUUAUUAUCCAGUCAUAAAAUGUAAAUCACAAUCAGUUGCUAUUACACAAAGCUAUGAAAGUUAACAAAAUUAAAAGUGAACACCAGUAAUCCAUUGUAUCAAUAUUUUUUUUUAGAAUGGGCUGUUUCUGAGAAAAUAAAUUUAAAUUUGGAAUUGUGUCUAAUUGGUAAAGGAAAUUAGCAGUAAAUAUAUUGCACUUCAUACAAUAGUCUUGUUUAUUGUUUACAAAGCUAAUCAGUAACUGAUAUAUGCCAUUCUAUCAUUGCAUUCUGUUGUUUUAAGUUUUCAAGCCCAGAGUAAUUAGUAACAUGAUAAGGGAUGGGUACAUUUUAGGAAGCAGGAGAAACUUAAUAUUGUGGGGUUUCCUUUUACCUGCACUUUGCUACACUGAAAGUAGGUGGGAAAUUAAAAUUAUCAUCAAUGCACAUCAUAUUAUUCUUACUUUGAUUUCAUUAAAUUUUCACCAUACUGAAAUUUUUCAAAUAAAUGUUGUAAAUAUUAAUGAUCCGUGUACUUCUUUUUUCAAACAGCCCAUUUUUGAGGAAAUUGAUGGUCUGAUUUGAUACAUACAUGAUGUAGGCUUAAAUAAAUGUUUGAUAAGAACUAGCAGCUUUCAGCAUAAGUAUCUCAAUACCAGGCACAACUGAAGUCCAUAGUUUCAGAGCUGAAGCAUAUACAUGGACCUAAAUAAAGUUCAAUUGAAUCAGUUCCCCCCCCCCCCUUUUAUUAACAUUUAUCGGUCGUGUCAAGGCUUGGGCAGAGUCCAGCUGGCCGUACAUUGCAGCACCAUAACACUAAACCAUUAGUUCUGAGGUGUAAGUGUGGCCAGCAGCCUCACAGCACGGGGUUCAACUAGUUGUCAUGACAACAAAGAUUGAUGUACAAGGUGGGAUAGAACAAGUACUUGUAAGUCACGAAGGUUACCCCAACUCCAACACAAGACUGUACCACACCACAUAAGCUGAUAGGGGUGCAAAGAUCGGGGGCAGUGGCACCCUUCCUUACGAUCUGCAUACAUGCCACACUUGGCUCCUCUGAAAGAUGGUCUGUGGGGGCACCAUUUUGAAUUCAAUGUUAAAAAGAGCUGUUCACUGCUUCACAAAUCAACAAGAUGAAAUUUUUGUCCGUGUUUAAUCGCACUGCUUCCUCGUUUGAAUGUGUAGGACUGUAAUGGAAACUAGAUGCAUAAGUAUACAGAUAAUUGGACACAUCUUGUAAACUGGAAUUGUGUACUGGGUUUCAACUGUGUUAAAAAUUUGUGAAAAAAUAAAACUGACUUUUGGUGUAAUCUUCACAA